ACUGGGGGAUGGGUGUGGAAAUCACUAGUGUGAACGCAGUUACCAGCCACCAUUGCAAGUGCCUUUUCCCAGCGCAUACUUGCACACCCGCACCACAUCAAAGAUCCCAGAAUUCUCUCCACAUCUCUCUCCAAGUUAACCUCACAGAGAAGAAGGAAACAUAUGUAAGAAUAAAUAAACAGGGAGAGAGAGAGAGAGAGAGAGAGAGAGAGAGAGGGAGAGAACUGACAUACUGCCGCUGUUUUUGUAUACAGUGGUCAUUCUCAAUCAAUGCUCCUUAGAUCACGAGUUAACUGCAAUUUUUUCUGCUUCGGUUUGCUUCUGUGCUUGAUCAGAGUUGGUUUAGCAGGAGACCCUUUUGUGUUCUAUGACUGGACAGUCUCUUACAUUACUGCUUCCCCUCUUGGGGUCAAGCAACAGGUGAUUGGCAUAGAGGGACAAUUUCCAGGCCCCAUUCUGAAUGUCACCACAAAUUGGAAUGUUGUUGUAAAUGUCAAAAAUAAUCUUGAUGAACCGUUUCUGCUCACCUGGAACGGAAUUCAACAAAGAAAAAAUUCAUGGCAAGAUGGUGUUUCUGGGACAAACUGUCCUAUUCCGGCUGGUUGGAAUUGGACAUACCAGUUUCAAGUCAAAGACCAGAUAGGCAGUUUCUUUUACUUCCCUUCCCUUGGCCUCCAACGAGCUGCAGGUGGAUAUGGCGGCAUCAUCGUCAACAACAGAGAAGUUAUUCCUGUUCCUUUUGGUAAACCAGAUGGGGACAUUACCCUCUUUAUUAGUGACUGGUACAUAAAGAGUCACAAGGAACUCAGAAAUGACCUCGAAAGCGGGAAUGACCUUGGAGCCCCUGAUGGUGUCUUAUUUAAUGGGCUAGGUCCUUACCAAUUUGAUAGAGCCUUUGUACGGGAUGGUAUUCUUUAUCAGAUAAUAAAUGUUGAACCAGGCAAAACAUAUCGCUUGCGAGUUCACAAUGUCGGAAUCUCUACUAGCUUGAAUUUCAGGAUCCAAAAUCAUAACUUGGUUCUUGUAGAAACUGAAGGGUCUUAUACUGUACAACAGAACUACUCAAACAUGGAUAUCCAUGUCGGUCAGUCAUACUCAUUCUUGGUUACAAUGGAUCAAAAUGCUAGCAGUGAUUAUUACAUUGUUGCCAGUCCACGGUUUGUCAAUGCCUCAGCUUGGACCAAGGCUCCAGGAGUUGCUAUACUGCACUACUCAAAUUCACAGGGGCCUGCUUCAGGUCCUCUUCCAGACCCUCCUAAUGAAUAUGACACGUAUUUCUCAAUGAAUCAAGCAAGAUCCAUAAGAUGGAAUGUUUCUGCUGGAGCUGCUCGCCCCAACCCACAGGGAUCUUUCAAAUAUGGUGAUAUAACUGUGACUGAUGUAUAUGUAAUCAUCAAUAGGCCUGCAGAGCUUAUUGAUGGGAAAAGGCGUACUACUUUAAAUGGAAUUUCAUAUAUAGUUCCCUCAACACCUGUCAAGCUUGCACAACAAUUUAAUGUCUCUGGGGUUUUCAAGCUUGACUUUCCUAAUAGGUUCAUGAAUAGACCAGCAAAAGUAGACACAUCUUUAAUUAAUGGAACUUUCAAAGGAUUUAUGGAAAUUAUUUUCCAAAACAAUGAUACCUCUGUUCAGAGUUACCAUCUUGAUGGCUAUGCCUUCUUUGUCGUUGGUAUGGAUUAUGGAGUGUGGACAGAGAAUAGCAGAAGCACCUAUAACAAAUGGGAUGGGGUGGCUCGCUGCACUACCCAGGUGUUUCCUGGUGCUUGGACUGCUAUCUUAGUAUCUCUUGAUAAUGCUGGGAUGUGGAACCUUCGCACACAAAAUCUUGACUCAUGGUAUCUUGGUCAAGAAGUUUAUGUCAGUGUUGUAAAUCCAGAGAAUGACAACAAUGAGGUUCAGUUGCCUGAGAAUGCCAUCUACUGUGGUGUACUAUCUAACUUGCAGCGGGACCAGGCUCGAAGAGUCAACUUCUCUGCAGCACCAUCUCUGGACAAGAUGUUUGAGAUUGUUCUUGUUGCAAUUAUUGCAGCUUUAUUAGGAAUAUCAGGCAUCAUAUGAUUCAAAGAAAUUAAAUGGGUUUUUCAACUCCAAUCUAAGAGGAUAGACGAAACAAAACCGCGGUUCCUUGUUUGGUGCUGAGGCGAUAUGAAGGCUAUAUAUUUUUAUUCUGAAUUCGUGUAUAAUAUCUUGUUUGUAUCUUCUUUAACUCAAGUAUCAGUGCAUGAUAUUGCUAAAGAAAAUGUAAUGUAGGUAGAGUCUGAGAUGAGUAAGAUAAUUGCUAGCUUUUGUGUGAGCAUUAUUAGCAUGAGCAUUGGCAAAUUGUAUUUAAUAUUGAUUUCUUGGAACUGAUAAAAACACUCUGAAAUUUUGCUGCCAGUAUUUGGUGUUUA